CCAAUGCGCGUUGUUGCGUACGCUCGCGUUUUCUCACGCGCAGUCAAUGGAGUCGGUGCGUGUUUCUGGAAUUACUGACAUUUAUGAAUAUUCAUUAAUAGAUCGGUUUAUAAUAAUCGAUCCCAAUGGUUUAUAAUCAGAUGUCAGCCGUUGUUUAAUGACAGUAAGACGCUCAUAUUCGUGUUUAGCACGGCGUUAAGACUCCCUGCGGCCUGUCUUUAAUUAAAUGUGUGGAUUCAUGUAAAUAUGGCAGAAGAGGGAGCGGUUGUGAUGCAGCAGAUUGUGGACAGGAGUUGUUGGGUGUGUUUUGCCACAGAUGAGGAUGACCGUACGGCGGAGUGGGUGCGUCCGUGCCGCUGCCGUGGUUCCACUAAAUGGGUUCAUCAGUCAUGUCUUCAGCGCUGGGUUGAUGAGAAACAGAGGGGCAACAGCACCGCACGUGUCACCUGCCCACAAUGCAAUGCUGAAUACCUUAUCGUGUUCCCUAAGCUUGGGCCGGUGGUGUAUGUGCUGGAUCUGGCAGACAGGUUGAUCUCGAAGGCCUGUCCGUUUGCUGCUGCUGGAAUCAUGGUGGGAUCUAUUUACUGGACGGCAGUCACAUACGGCGCAGUGACAGUCAUGCAGGUUGUGGGUCAUAAGGAAGGUCUGGAUGUGAUGGAACGAGCCGAUCCUCUCUUCUUGUUGAUUGGUCUGCCAACCAUCCCAGUUAUGCUAAUUCUAGGGAAGAUGAUUCGCUGGGAGGAUUAUGUGCUCCGCCUCUGGAGGAAAUACUCCAAUAAGCUUCAGAUCCUUAACAGUAUUUUCCCAGGUAUCGGCUGCCCAGUGCCGAGGAUCCCGGCGGAGGCCAAUCCGCUGGCCGAUCACGUGUCUGCCACACGCAUCCUGUGCGGCGCCCUCGUGUUCCCCACCAUCGCCACCAUCGUGGGUAAACUGAUGUUCAGCAGCGUCAACUCAAACCUUCAGAGGACCAUUCUGGGUGGCAUUGCGUUUGUGGCUAUUAAAGGAGCAUUUAAGGUUUAUUUCAAGCAGCAGCAGUAUCUCCGACAAGCUCAUCGCAAGAUCCUCAAUUUCCCCGAGGUGGACGAGGCCUCUGCUUGAUUCCAUCCACGAGACACUACCGCGCCACACUACUGGACUUUUCACAGACGCUGGGCUGAUGAAUGUGACUAUUGCGUUUGGAGUUUGAACAGCGAUUCAGCUUUGUUUCAGUUGAUAUAAUUAGACCUGAAAGUUGUUUUGCGUUACUUAUUUUAUGGGCUUCGACAUUUUAAGAAAGAGACUGUGGAAAAUAAAUAUUGAAAGGUUUUAUAUUAAGUGGUUGUUUUAUAUUGAAUUAGAAAUGUUCAGGUGAAUCAUCUUUAAAGUAUUCGUAACAUGCAAAAGAUGACGUGCCGUUUCACGUGAAGCACUUGUGUCCCCUCAUUAACAACUAGACUAGCGGAUGCAAUGUUAAAUAAUAAAGGCAAAUGUAAACAUCUCUUAGAAAAUCUUUUAGAAAAUCAUCUUUUUUUUGUGGUUGCUCUUCUCGGAUGAAUUUCACAAAGAAGUUUCCCCAUAUUUCACACCAAAGUCAAAAGAAAUCAGUUGUUUUGCAUAUUAAAAAGUCAAGUCUGGAAACAAUUAUUUUUGUUUCAAUUUAGUACAUCUCAUAUAUACUAUUAAAAUUAUACUUUAGAAAUAUCUCAUUGAAAAUUAGUUUUUUUUAGCAUUUAAUCAUGGAAAUAAUUUCACAACAAAAAAAGUCUCCAAAAAUUUUUUUUUGUCAAUUUUGGGAUGAAAUAUGACAGCUUCUGUGAAAUUCACCAUCUUGCCUGGUCAUGUUUUAUUUCCAUCUUUGUGCUGAGUUUCAGGGAGUCCUGUACAAAGCAAGAAUCCAGUGUUUGGUCUUUAAUCGAUUACUUUAUUAAAACAUUAUGGUACUUGAUGACUCAUAACUGCUGUUAAUAAACCUGUUUCAUUAUAUAUAUAUUCCCAGAGAUAGUCUUGUGUAGAACAGUGAACUUUAAGAGUAUUAGUGGCCUUUUUGGUUAUACCAGGACAAUAUAUGUGUCUUAAAGGUGACAUGGUUCAGAUGGACAGGUUUAUUUGGUGAACAUGCCAAUUUUUUUUCUGAAUCGUGUGUGUUGACUUCUAAUUAAUGUAGUAGUGUUUUUUUUUUUUUUAUAUCUCUGUGAAGUUUCCGACCAUAGCAUGGAUGAAGUUGGGAGAAAACAGUAUAUAAAUUCAAUGCAUACUAUUACUGUUUUGUAAUGGUAGUACACUACAGUAGGCAGUGAGAGGCAGGUGUUUUAUUUUAAAGAGCUUGUGCAAUUAAUUAAACUUCACACCUAAUUAGCUUUUGGAGUACUAUUUGUCCAUAGAGCUCAAGUACAUCAUUACAGCUUUUUGGUGACAUAGGUGCUAAGAAAAAGUGUUUAUGUACACCGACUGUGAGACUUUGGAAGUAGUAGACAAGUUUUUCUGUUGACUUUCUUUUCAGCAUCUAAUUGUGCUGUUUAAUAUCAGUGGGGAAUGUAUGUCUCCUGUUGUACAGAUGAAGCAUAAUGCCAAAUACAGAACAUGUUGUACAGAUAUGGCUUCUGAAUUUAUAGUUUCCCGGUUGAUUUAUGUAAAUAAAUUUACUUUUUUUUCCAA